AUGCCUUGCUGUCUUAAUUGCCUGAUUGUUUAUUUGAGAGCCUCAUUGAAAGCGAGGCAGGAAGUGUGCCAAAAGUAUCAUGGUACUUUACUGUUCGCCGCAGGUGUUCUUUUGUUUGUUCAAACACAUCGCCUAUUGAAAACCAGCAUCAAUAUUUAUAGACAAAAUGACCUUUCGUUAGAGUUUCCUCUUGGCUUUGGCGCGUCUGUAGCCAAAGACGCUAUUGAUAUGAGUCGAUCAGUCAUAGUUUGGUUUGCAGCUUUUGCUCUGAUAUCAGUCACCGUUUCACGUGGCCACGAACUUGGAAUCCAGAAUCUCACUUCUAAAGAAGUUGAGAACGAUGUAGUUCGUAGAAAACGGGCAUUUGGUAAUUCUGCACCACCAUGUAACAGGACGAACGGCGUGUACUUAGAAAGAUGGGAUAGAAUUGAUUACAAAAGAAUCAGAUUCCUGCUCGAGGAUCCUCGAUAUCCAAAUCUGCCAAGUUUUACUACGUGUGUGCCAACAUUUGAACAGCCCGCUAAUUGGGGAGACUUCUUCGGUUCUCGUUUAAGAACUUACUUCGUCCCUCUUCAAACCGGAAACCAUUACUUCUUUCUGUCUUCUAACGGUGGAAGUGAACUAUACUUAAGUACAGAUGAUAAGCCAGAUGGUAAAACUAAGAUUGUUGAAGUAGAUGGAGGAUUCCCCAGUGAACAAUAUGAAUACGACAGGUUCACAAAUCAGAAGUCAUUGCCAGUAUCUUUGAAAAAGGGUCUUUACUACUACAUGGAAGCAAUCAUGAAAGAUGAUCAUCAGUGGGACCACUUGGAGGUUGCUUUACAGACACCAGAUGGAAAUUUUUAUAAGGUGAUUCCCUCUCAGUUCUUAUGGACAACCAACCGUCUUUCUACAUAUCAAAAUGCCACCUAUCAGGCAGAUAUGCUUAAGGUGGCGGCAAAGGCGGGAGCUAAAGCAGGUUCAUCAUUCGGAGCUAGGUGGGCAAUGAAAACUGGAGCUCAGGCGGGAGCAAACGCUGGUGCGAUGGCAGGAAUAGAAGCUGGAGCAUCAGCAGGAGCUCGUGCAGGUGAAAAAGCGGCGGCUGAGACAACGAAAAAAAUGCUGGAGGAUGCAUUGAACACUCUUCAUGGUGAUAACCUGCAUAAGUUUAAGAUAAUCCUCGAGAAUGGUAGUGUGAUCGAUGUGAUUGGUCCUGGAAUGGGUGGUUCUGAAGCAGCAGGAUCUACUGGUGUAGCCAACGCAAUGGGAGCUGGAGUGAAUGGAGGUGGAGGGGGAGCUGGUACAGGCAGUUCAUCUGUUGAAGGAGCGGGAGGUGGAACAGCUAUGGGAGGUGAAGCAGGAGGUGGAGAAGGUAUGGGAGGAGUAGCAGGAGGAGGAGGAAGAGGAGGAGGAGGAGGAAUGGGAGCAGGAGUGGCAGGAGGAGGAGGAAUGGGAGCAGGAGUGGCAGGAGGAGGAGGAUUGGGAGCAAGAGUGGCAGGUGGAGCAGGUAUGGGAGGAGGGGUUGGUAAGGGAACAGGUAUGGGAGGUGGAGCAAGUGGGAUUGCUGGCGGAGGGUUGGGCGUCGGGGCAGGGGCAAGCGUAAUUGCAGGAGCAGGAGGUGCUGGAAUUCAAUCUAUCAGCGGGAGUGCUACAGCCGGUGGAUCAUUAUCCCAAAUAAUCAGUGGGGCCAAAGGGGCAGCAGGAAUUGCUAGUGGAGCUAGCGGUGGAGUCCAAGUGUCUGGCCAGGAAAGUUAUACAUCCCAACGUGAAGUCACUUAUAUUCCGAAAAAGGGUGAAGACCCACAGGCCGUUGCUCGGGAAUUAGUCUGGAGGGUUGGAGGUGCAAGCAGACUUGUUGGUCAUGGAUUAUACACCAUCCAUGCAUAUGACAUUCCAUACUCGCAGGAAAAUGGCACUCUCAACUACUGCUGGCGUGCAAAAGAUGGCGACUUUGGCUUAGGGCCUUUUUGCCAGGUUUUUAAAGCUCACAUUCCAGGGCUUUACAAAAAUAUUAAAGAAAGAAACGAGACAGUAUCCUUUGAGUCACUAUGCUUGCCAGGGUACUAUCUCAAACAAAAGAAUUACCACUAUGUGCUGCAGAAAAGGGACGGGUCAGACCUCUUUGAUAAAGAGAGUUCUUUUACUGCGUAUUCCGUGAUGAAGUAUACGCGCAAUAUCAUGCUGCAGUCCAUGCAUAAAGAUUGGUAUGUUUGCGAGAAAGGGAACAGGAAAUCGAUUCACGAAACAUCUAGGCUAAUGCUGGACUUUUACAAUGGUGACCCUGAUGUGCUGAGUCGGUGCACGUUCUUAUUCCAUCCUAUAGCUCAAAAUGAAAACAAACAUAAAACGUGUCAGAACGUGUUAGGGCCAGUGAAACAUCCCUACAUAAGUGGACAACCCUUACCACACCCCCCUCACCUGAUUUCAAACAAGUUUGCAGCAUCCUCCGCACUUCCUUCUUGUAUACCAAUAUGUCCACUAGGCACUAUAGGUACCUCACCAGGACAACCAAAAAAUUUUAAGCCUUCUACUAACAUUACUGUACCAAAAGGAAGUAUGGGCCUUCCCUUGAGACCUGCAGUUAAUACAGUUAAAAAGGCCUGUGUGGCGGUGAACUUUGUAAACAACGUGGGAUCGCCGCUGAAGCUUUUCUCUUCACUCGAACAUGAGGGAUACCUAGUCACUGGUUCAGGAAUUAAACUCAAACUCAUAAUCGAGAGACCUGAACUUCAUAGCUACGUGACGUUCAAUGCUGUAGACCCACGUGGAAAGAUUAACAUCCUCCUGAACGAGAAACCAAGCAUUUCAGAACCAGCGAUAGUGGGAUGUCCUGUCUUUGUAAAUGUAUUAGUUACAGCCGAGCAAGCACACUCCGGUAGUGCUCCAACAGCUCCUGCAACGCCUUCCCUUCUGCCUCCUGUGUCACUACAUCCAUCACUUCCAAUUACACCUCCAUACCACCAUCAUCACCACCUUUCUUCCAUCAUAUUACCUGUGGGCCCUACCUUUUCUCCAGUGGUUUCUAACCCAUCUGCACCCAAGAAAGGAGAGGAGCCAAAAGAAGUUCACUAUCACUACCACUAUCAUGGGCACAAGGAAGCCAAUCCAUCAGUCUGUCCUAACACAUGCCUCACCUCGGGAGAAUGUUAUCCCACUUGUCCAUCACACUGCUGCAAACGAAACUUUCCCGAGAAAACAUCGGGUGACGAGGGAGACGACGACAUCACAGUGGCGUGA